AUGCCUCGUGGUCAAAAGAGUAAGCUCCGUGCCCGUGAGAAACGCCAACAUGUCCGAGGUGAAACCCAGGCUCUCAAGGGUGCUCAGGCCACUGCAGUGGAGGAGGAAGGGUUCCCCUCUUCCUGUCCUGUUUUGGAGGAUACUCCCGAGAGCUCCCAUGUUGCUGGCAUUUUGCAGGAGUCUGAGAAAGCCUCAGCCACCACCACUCCUGCUGCAGCAGCGAUUUUAUGUAAAAAGUCUGAUGGAAGUGCCAAGAGCCAAGAUGAGGAAAGUCCAAGCCCCUCUCAGGCAACACCUUCCACUGAGAGCUCACGUAAAGAUCCUGUGACCAGGAAGGCAAGCAUGUUGGUGCAGUUCUUCAUUGAGAAGUAUAAAAUGAAAGAGCCCAUUAUGAAGGCAGACAUCCUGAAGCUUAUCAACAGAAAGUAUAAACAGCAAUUUCCUGAGAUCCUGAGGAGA